AUGCGCAAAAGAACAGCCGAGUUGGAGCAACAGAUCCAAAGCCUUAAAGAUGAACGUGCUGAAUUAUAUAAAACUCAAGGAAUGAAUGCACAACGAUUGCUAGAUGUAAAUGAUGUUUUGCGCAAUCACGAAGAGACGGCUAAAAAGAACAAAGAAGAAAUUCAAAAGUUAACCGAAGCAAAUCAAACUUUAACAAAUAAAGUUGAUCUUCAGGUUCAAGUCCUUCGUGAGAAGGACGUUACUAUUCAGCUUCUGCAAGAUGAGGUGGCAACGUUGCAGUUAGAAUUAGGGAAAAUUGAUGAACGUAUGAAAGACUUGGAAAAAGAAAAUGGGCAACUUUUGCAACGAUGGCUAAAAAAAAUGAAUGAAGAAGCAGAAAGAAUGAACGAAGCAAAUAUUGCAUUAGAAGUUCAUGCUAAAGCGUUAGAAUUUCAAAGCGGAGUUGUUAUUGUUGACAAAGAAUUCACUCCGAAACCCAUCACGCACACUGAAUCUGGAAUCGGCACGACUCUUGUAAGCGGUCACCUGGAUAAUAAUUUACGUUUCUGGGAUGUGCGAUCAGGGAAAGAUAUUAAGGAAUUGACUGGCAUCCAUUUAGGGCAAAUUACCUCUGUUUCUGUAUCUCCCGGUAAGCAAAUCUUUCAGCAUUAA